AUUGGCACAUGGGAUGCAAUUUAAGAUGUCGUCUUCAUUGAAUAAUCUGUCAAUAGUCUUACCAAGAUGGAUGACAAAAGUCUGGCAGAAAACAUCAAUUGGGAUAACGGCCAUUAGUCAAUCAAUGCAUUGUUACAGAUUGAACAAUCAUCACAAACAAAACCUACUACAAAGUAGUAUUAAAAUGUAUUCAUCAAGUUAUUCAAGGAGGUUCUCAUAUGAAAGGCAUCAAAUCAUCCCCCAUAAAAUACCCUGGAAAAUACCAGUACUAAAUUUUGCAAAUAUAAAGUUAUCAUUAAUCAAGAAUCAGUAUUCACUCAGCUGUGUGCGAAAGCAAAACUUUUCUUCCAAGUCAACGUCGGGCAAUACAACAAAUGCCAACACAGAUCCACUCAACAGACCGAUAGUUUAUGCCAUGAAACUUAAAAAAGGCACAAGUAAUAAAGCAAAUCGGAAAGGACAGAAAAUGAAGAUAGCAAAACAUAGAACAAAGAAACCAGCCAGAUUAGCAAAAGACACAGAGGGACUUGGAGUUGUGACUGCAUUUUCUACUGCGGAAGAAUACAACUUGGAACAUCUAAGUCUCGAUCUUCAAGCACAAGGUUUGUUCAGAGAAGCUUUUAUGCCACAAGAUGCACAAGAUGUUCUUCAUAUGCAGGUUUUUGAGAAGUCCGACGAUGAAGAUGAAGAACCAAGAGAAAUCUUCCUGUUUAGGGAAGGUUCAGUUGUCUUCUGGAAUGUUCCUGAACAGCUGAUUAAAGGUGUGAUAAGGACAAUAACAAAACACCAAACCCAUGCUUAUGAGAUUGCAUUAGUCACUUGGGAGAAUGAACAGAUGAGCUAUACAUAUGAUAGGGAUGUGACAAGAAUAGCAAAUGGUGAUACUAUAAUAUUACAUGAGAACAAUGAUCCAGAGAAAACUGUUUUAGAAAAAUUUGCAUUUUCAAAUGCACUCUCACUAUCUGUGAAACUAGCUAUCUGGGAAUGGUGUUUAGAUCAAUUUGUGGCUUCAAUAGAGUGGGUUCCUGAUAAUCUGAAAGCUGGGAAAAAACUUAAGAUGAGUAAGGAGCAAGUGUUGCGAAAGCUUGGCGAAUUGUUCAGCUUACGUCACCGUAUAAACCUAACCUCUGAUCUACUUAUCUCGCCUGAUUUCUACUGGAAUCGAGAUGAUUUAGAGCUACUGUUUACUAAGACCUGUAAUUUUCUUAGUAUAGCCAGAAGAACAAAGGUAUUAAAUGAGAAGCUAAAUCAUUGUUCGGAGCUGGUGGAGUUGAUGCGGACACACCUCAAUGAACAGCACUCCUUCAGGUUGGAAUGGAUGAUCAUUGCCCUCAUUACAGUUGAGGUUAUUUUUGAAAUUGUGCAUUAUAUCAAAAUGUAUGUGCAGGAAAAAGGGGACCAUCUCCAGGGUGAACAUUAUGAAACAAAGAAGGCUUCUUAGCUGCAGCGGAAGACAUGAUGAUUGGAGCAUUAUGAAAUAAAGAAGGCUUCUUACAUUGCAGCGAAAGAUAUAUACUGGUUGGAGCAACAAGUUAUUUGAAAGAUGAUUAUGUAAAUAAGACUGAAUUAUUUUAAAAUAAUUUUACAACAUGCUAUGCUUAUUUUAAAAGUUAUUUUAGGCCUACUCUUAUGAAAUAAGGGGUAGGCUUAUUUAUACCUUGGUGGAACAAUUUGGAAAUUGCUUAAACCUUAAAUGAU